AUGGUUUCUCGUAAACAGUAUCCAAUUAUGGUUGAUGAAACAGCAAACUUCCCCAAGAAAAAACAACUGACUUUAUUCAAGCGUACAUGGAUAAUGACAGAAGGUUCAUAUAGAGUAUACAGGGUUACUCAAUGUGGAGUAGUAGUUAUAAUGGAGGCAAUCACUUCCAGCAGUGCAACAGAUUCCCUAACCAGUGGAGAGAUUCCACGGAGCAGGUCAGAGGGGACUUUGAUUGAUGUGGAUGACCGGACACCUUCAGCCAGCUACAAUGUCAAUGAAAGCAAAUUGGAUUUGGAUAUUGACUGGUCUGAUAUAUUCAAGCAUGUCCAUGCUGUUUCCAACACUAAUCCUUUCUGGAAUGAACUGUCAGCCUCCAACCCUUUCAUACAUGACAUAGCUGCUUCAAAUAGAAAUGAAAAUAAUAAAUACCUUUCAAUCUUAAAAGAAAAACCCUAUUUGUUCUCUAAAGUUUCUAGCAACAGCGAUUCUUUGGCUUCCUCAGGUGAUGAGCUAGAUAUAGAUUGUCUUCUAAGAAAGACUUCAGCAAGAAGAUCUGGACGUUCCAAGAGUGUCUCUGACUUCCUGGAUAUUGUUGAUAACCGAAGAUUUAAUCCUCACAAGAUAACACCUCCAAAGACUAUAGCUUCAGAUAUGACAUGGCUUCAAAAUGACCGUGAAGCCUACAAGAUGGCUUGGCUGAGUCACCGACAACUCACCCGAUCUUGCCUAGAUUUAGAAGCCAUGAGCCAUAGUCCUGGAUGGGCACAAACACAGGCUACAGACAUUCAUGUAGUUUGUAAACUGAGUCAUGAAGGGGGUUCAGUACAGCUACCUGACUCAGAUAUUAACAUUCAUGUCCCAGUGGGUCAUGUAUUACCUGGGGAAUUCCAAGAAGUUGGUUUAAAGGCUAUCCUUGACCCUCCAUCGUCAUUUAACAAUGAGCUGUCUAGCACCAUAAGUCCUCUCAUAGAACUUACGCUAAGCAACCUCAACACAAGGGAAGCCAUUUUCCUAGAGGUGAAAGUUGCGGCUAAAGUGAAGAAUGAUCCACUCAGCCAAGUUAUGAGUGAUAUUGUGUGUUUUUACAGCCCCAGUAAAGAAGGACCUUUUAAGAAGCUAGAGAAUUGCUACACUUACCAAGAUACCGUACAAGUGAAGCUAACGGACCUAAGUCACGUGAUGUAUGCAGUGAUUGCUGUACAAGCAAACAAAAUCCAGCCUCCAGCAACUACUGUCUGGGACUAUGUUCAUAGAAUGGUCUCAGUUGGAAUUUAUGGUCCCAAAUAUAUUCACCCAACUUUUACCACAGUUUUUAUAGUUUUUGGUCAUAACUACAUUCCAGGAAAACUCACAAUUUGUGAUAUAAAAAAAGGGGGGAAAAAAAUGCCUCCUGUUGUGUUUCAGCUGUGGGGGAAACAUACAUUUCUGCUUGAAAAGCCACAAGAUCUAAACAUUUCUUUGGUAUCCUGUGACCCAGAUUUUGAAGUGAAAAUGGAAGACCAAAGCAAAAAUAUUAAAGAGGAGGAGCUGAAAACUGGUGAAAUGGUCCGCCAACAAUUCCUGUUUUCCAUGCUUGGAUGUAGGGAGAUGCAUUUGUUUGUUUUCCUUGUUCAGAUUAAAGUCUUAAAAACUAGCCAAGUAAUGCAGUUCCAUGUUACAACUCCUGAUCCAGCUCCAAAAUUAAGUGGAAUUAUCAGUAGGCCAAGGCACUUUCAAAACCGCAAAGAAAUCAAGUCUGCACCUUUGCUUUUAAUACCAACAGUUAAAUAUCCAAAGUUUCAAAAUAAAUCAUUGAAUGUUAAUACUUAUGGAGUGGCUUUGAAAACUGUGUUACGUCAAAAUAAGAUUGACUAUUUGUUAGAAUAUUUUAAAGGGGACACAAUAGCACUUCUUGGUGAAGAUAAAGUAAAAGCCAUUGGACAAACUAAAAUAAAGGAGUGGUAUGUAGGCAUUCUCAGAAGAAAGAUUGGUCUUGUACAUUGCAAAAACGUAAAAGUGAUUUCCAAAGAACAAGCUAUGGACACUGCUGAUAGUGAGCUAACAACCAGGGAUCUUGUUGAACAAAUUGCAUUACCCUUCAAAAAACUGACUUACAUCUACUCAGUAGUUCUGUCUACAGUAUCAGAGAGUGUUUAUGACUGGAGAGCUUUGGCUGAGGUGCUAGGAUAUUCACACGUGUCUUUGGAUGACUUUAAUGAGGCACAUGCUGAUAAAGAAUCAGAGAGAGUUGCGCAUGUUGUGAAGAGGAUGAAGGAAGACUGCCAUGCUAACAAAAAAAAAAGACUGUUUCUUUAUGAGCUCAUUGUUGCACUUUUGAAAAUAGAUUGCCAGGGAUUAGUGGCACGUCUUACCCAGGACACCAUCAUUUUGACUUCAGCUGUCAAGCUUGGCAAAUACUGGCGGGAGCUUGCAGAGAAGCUAGCCCGACUCACAAAGCAGCAAAUCGAGGCUUAUGAAGUACCCCACCAAGGGAAAAAUGGUACAGUAGCUCUGGAGAUGAUGUGGAAACCUGCAUAUGACUUUCUCUACACGUGGGGUGCCCAUUACGGAGACAGUUACAGGGAUGUCUUACAAGACCUGCAAUCAGCCUUGGAUAAAAUGAAAAACCCAGUAACAAAACACUGGCGAGAGUUAACUGGAACGUUGAUUCUUGUGAACUGCAUGGAGGUGUUACGGGCAAGUGCUUUCUCCACAAUGGAGGAAGAAGAAUAGCUACUAAGAUAGUUGUUGGGAAAUUCUCAUGGGAAACUGAACUGCUGAUGUUUGUGUUUCAGUGAUGCUUGCAGAGCAAGACAGAAAGCAAUUUGUUUUACCUGAGCUGAUGCUGGGUCUAGGCCCAUGGUUCUCAGCUACAGAUUGCCGGAGCUUGCUGAUGGCUACUGUGUAAAUAAGAAAAGAGUGGGAGAUUAAACUAGUGAGGUCAACAAAUAUAACUUGAAUUCUAUAAUGUAGUUUCCAAAAUGAACUGUUUCUGAUUGACUGAUCUAGGUGGAGAUCAGUUUUAAAAACAGAACUAUGCAGAUUAGUUCAGCCUGUGGGGCCUAGGUUUACACUGUUUUCAAUGAGAUAUUAGAAUCAAAAUAUUUAAUACAUAAUUUUAAUUAGUGCCAAAACCCUUGAUGCCAAGCCAAUGGGUGCAGGGUAGCCUAGCGAAAAAAAAAGGUCAGGAUUCUUUUGUCCUCAGCUGGGAUAAAAUUCAUCUCCCUUUCUCAGAAAACAGGAAUUGAGCCGUUAAUUGGCACCUGGAAAAAAUAGGUGGGUGCUGUUCAGUCCUUCCAAAACAGCUUCUACUGUCUUUUUUGGACAGUGGAAGAGAGACACAAUUUAAUGGUCAAAGGCAAUUGGGUUUGACUCGUUUGUUGGUGUGUUGAUGUAACUCAACAGGGUUGGUUUGUUUUUGGUGUGUUUUUUUUUUUAAUUCCAGGAAAUUUGUCUAGAUUCUGCUGAGGAGAAGUUCAGAAAAAUUCAGGAAGCCUUCUUGGUAUACAUUGCCCAUCCCUCUGAUCAUUUGCUUAUUUCUACUCUGUUGUUACUAAACAGGUAAACAAGGAAGUGGCCUUGUAGGUACAAGGGCUGUAGACAGUUCAUACCCACUUCUGUUGGUCAAUUUCUUCUACUUUACUGUAUGAAGACUAUGGGUGAUAACUAUUUUUUUCUCAAAAAAAGUUAACAGUGGGGUGCUUUUUCGAUUCAUUUAGUUACAGAGCAAUUUAUUAGUCACAUGUUCUAAAAAGAACUCUGCUUAGAUACUGCCAAUGAAAAUCUUUCAGUAAAUGAGUAGCUAUAAAUACAGAAAAUACAGACUGAAUAAUAGCUGCAGGUUAAACAACUUUAUUUUAUUUAGUUAGUUUAAACAGAAGAUUUUAAGUAUAUUUUUAAUUAAGUGGUAGAUCUAAAAGCUUAAAGUCCUUCUGAGCACCUAUGAGCAACAUUAAUUCAGAAACAUCAGCAAAUACUCAGGACAACCAGUUAAAAACAAAGUUGAUGUUCUGCCACCACUUGCAGUUGACAAGACAAAGCCAAAUUCUUUCAGGAGAACCCCAAAGUAGUAGCAUUUCAGUCUAGAACCUGUGCUUCUGCUGUUGUCUCUACUAAGGAGGGAUGUAUUGUGAUUUAACAUUUAUGCAUUUUUCUUCCCCUCCCCUUUCCUCCAACCUGCUUUCCUUUCUACUUUCAUUAAGCUUUCCCAAAACGUGCAUAGCUCAGGAAGGAGGCUGAGGGAAGAGCACUUGCUCCAGGAAUAGGAAAGCUCACUCACCAAAACCCCUUUAGCAUCAGGGAAUAACUGAAUUAGCAUGUGUGCAAGUUAUCUGGCUUUGGUGAACUUGCUUGUGAUUUUGAAUAGAAUGAGGAGUUCAGACCACAGAACAGUCAUUGUCAUUGUUGAUCAAGGAAAGGUGGAGAAAAAGAAGUUAGAUUAUCAGAGCUCCCAGUUGUUUCAGGUGCUAGCAACUACUUUAUAUCUUGCCCCAUGCAGUUUUAAAAAGAGCUGCAGAGAAAAUACAAAAUGACAUUCUUUUGUUAUCUGUACUUAAGUGCAGAGACCAUCUGUUGCUUCAGAUCACACACCAUCUCCUUGCUUAAAACUGCAGGGAAAUACAUUUUUGCUCCCUAAGUGCUGAGAUACCAGAGCAGAUUACUGAGCAAAUCUUUCAGCUUCACCGUGCUCUCUCACCAGCUAUUCUUCAUGCAUCCUGGCAGGCCAUGCUUCCUUACUUAAGGCCCUGUUAAGUCACUUUCUUCUUCUUUUUUUUUUUUUUUUUUUUUAAAUUUUAAAAAUUUUGUUAACCUGGCUAAAACAGCUAAGCAAUUCAACUUACUCCUGCUUUUGAAGACAGGUCUCUGCUUCCAUCCUUUUUUUGGUGCAUCUAAAUUUCUUACCUUUAGUAAAUGUGUUUACUGCAUACCCUUUUGAAAAAGAAAGUAAUAUCUUAAUAAUAACAACAGAAAAAUACAGGACUGAACUACUAGUCAAAAGAGGGGAAAAAGCUACCAGAAGCACCCAUUCCUAGGUGUGUGAUUCUACCAAAUAUGAAGGACAAGGUGCCCAAAGCUGUCUGAAGGACAAUCCAUCCAGAGAAGGUGGCCAGUGAUCAGGAACUUGGGAAGAGAAGUGGUGAGGGAGCAGAGGCUGCUGCCCGUUACUCUCAUGGCCAGGCCCUUUCAUUGCUGUGAAACAACAGCCAAGUUGUUUCUGUCCUGAAUGAGAGUUGAAUUUGGCCCAGUAGAUUUAGCAAAUAUUGACUUAGUGAGUCAGUGCUCUCCUUAGCUUGCAGAACUAUGCAUCUGGUCCUCCAAGUAUAUUUCUUUAAAAGGGAAUUUAUAUCUGUCUGUAGUCGUGCUGUACUCCAGGGUCUUUGACUGUGGGCUUUGGUUGCUAAUUGAGCUCCCCAUUUUUGCCUUAAGCUUCUGCUCACAUGAAUGAAAUGUGCACUCGUGCAACAUUCUGUUUACUUUAGCAGCCCACACUGGAUAUAUUAAAAAAAAAGAAAAGGUAUUAAAACCCCAUAUUUUAUUUAGUGCUCUAGUAUUCAAAACCACAAAAUGCCAACUGAGAGUGGAAGCAGCUGCACUCAGCGGCAACACUCAGCUAGGAGCACAUGGCUUUGGUAAACACACUGUUCUUGACCUUUUCUGCUUUCCUCCCACCCUGUCAAGAGAACAGCUUUCCCAUGAGCCUGCACACAUACCUUCUUUCUGUGAAGUGGGAUGAGAUUAACAACUCCUCGGGAGGAGACAAGGAAAAAUACCAGGCCCUGGUCUUUGCCUUAAAUGACCCUCUGUUUCUAGGUUUCCCAAUUUCUUUGUGUAGCCUGGGGAAAAGAACAGUGUCAGCCAGUUCCAUUUCCCUUUGUACCCGGAGGCAGAAAAAAGUGUUCUCACCAUCCUUCUAACCCCUGAAUAGGUAUGUUUCUUAAGCAAACAAGCAAAUGAAAAACUUGUGAGCACACUGAUUGCUUGAUGAUUCCACUUACCCAUGAAAGCGGGAAAAAUGGUUCCCUUGGGUGUAGCUGCAGCUGAAUGGGGCAGACACCUUCCACAGUGGACAGUGGUAAGGAAAAUCGAGCUGUCACUCACAGUAAAAAUGCUGUUUUUUUCAAUGAAGUUGGAAGCCAUUCCUCUUGUUUACAGUACAGAGGCGUCUCAGCUCCAUGCCAUUUAUUAGCACAGCACAGUGACAUAUUUCUAAAUUAAUAGCUGUCAAGGCAGGAGAAAAAAGGCAAAUUAUUCCCCCACAUAAGUUCCAGUCCUCCAGCUGAGUUUAGGCAAUGGUUCAGUUGCUUAGGUUUCACUUGGCUUUUUUUUCCUAAAGCAGAGGUUUAGGGAAGGAAAAGGAAAUUUGUUUUAAAGUAAAGGGCCAAGCCAGUCUCCAGGCAGCAGGUCAGAUGCCAAGAGCAAGCUGCAGGUUGAGGGGUGGUCUUCAUGGAAUUGCCCAGGGAAGAAAAGGGAAGGAGGACUCAGCCAUCCUUCCUCCUACUGUGGCCAGAAAAAAUGGAAGACGUGGGCAAGUGUCUCUUAAGUCUUUUUUUUUUUUUCUUUCUUUUUUGUAAAAAUGACUGAUUGUCACAAAUUCUUCCUGUAAACCUAAGCUGUGUGAAAAGCAAAUACUAAGCAGCUCCAAAGAACCAACUCUAUUUUGUUGAGUUGAAUUUGAAGACUUAUUCCUAAAGUACUUCUGUACUCACUAAGUGAUCUAGCCAAUAAUGAUCUACUAAAUAAUAAAGGCUAUUGUUUAGAACUGCAGAUGGCAAUACUAUGUUCCCAGCUCAACUCAGUGAUCCUGCUUUUUCAUCAGCUAAUAGCUUGUUCAGCUAUGGACAGCUGAACCAAAUAGGAAUACAAAGCUUUGCUGUUUUGUUCUUUUUGUGUUGUAGCUAUGAAAAUUGCCUGUGAAAGACAAUACAAUGGAGAGUAAGGGGGCUGGAUUCCCGCCCCCCCCUAGGAAGACCAUGUAGAAAAUGGUAUUGUGCAUAUGAGUGUGAAACACUAACUGGUCUAUUAAAUUCUCUGGAGACGUCCUAGAACAGCUGUAAAUAUGUAAAGAAAAUGUUGGUCCAGCACGGGUGAUAACCAUUGUUCUUGAUAGUUCUGCUGUUAAUAAAUAUCUAGAGUCAGUAUGGAAAAUUGUUCUUUAAAUAACCUGUGAUUAUUCUUAGUACGGAAAGUACAAAUUCUAUAUUUGUUGCCAAUGUGUGUAUAUAUAUACAAUCUAUUUUUUUUAACUUACAGUAUAUAUUUUUAAACAAAAUAAAGAAA